CCCCCCCACCGCCCUCCCCUCCCCCAGCGCUGCCCCCGGACUGCGACAGCGGCGAGGGGACAGCGGGGACAGCCCUGGGGACAUCGGGGACAGCCCUGGGGACAUCGGGGACACCCCUGGGGACAUCCAGGACACCCCUGGGGACAUCCUCGGGGACACCCAACUGCUCCGGGGACAUCGGCGACACGGCCAUGGUGGCCCCCGGCGGGGACAUCGCGGUGGAGGGGACGGAAGGUCCGCGCGUCACCGGCGACCCCAGGGACGCUUGGGGACGCGUCACCGAAGCCUACGGAGAUGCCACCACCGUGGUGGCGCCUGUCACCACGUCCCCAGGAGGUGACAAAGUGCUGGUGGCCACCGAGGGUGACAUCAGCAUGGAAGGGACAGAAGAUCCAGGUGCCACCGGUGACCCCAGGGACACUUUGGGACGCGUCACCGAAGCCUACGGAGAUGCCACCACCACGGUGGCCUCUGUCCCAGUGUCCCCUGGAGGUGACAGAGUCCUUGUGGCCACCAGUGGGGAUGUGGCCAGGGAGGUGACAGAUGACCCAGAUGUCACCGGUGACCCCAGGGACACUUCGGGACGCAUCACUGAUGUCCAUGAAGAUGCCACCACCACGGUGGCCUCUGUCCCAGUGUCCCCAGGAGGUGACAAAAUCCUGGUGGCCACCAGUGGGGACGUGGCCAUGGAAGGGACGGCCACACCCGAAGCCACCGGUGACCCCAGGGACACUUUGGGCCACCUCAGUGACGUCACCGGAGAUGCCACCACCACGGUGGCCUCUGUCCCAGUGUCCCCAGCAGGUGACAAGAUCCUGGAGUCCCACGGAGGGGACGUGGCCAUGGAGGGGACGGCCCAGCCCGGUGCCACCAACUGCUCCUGGGACAAUUUGGGACGCGUCCCUGAGGUCCAUGAAGAUGCCACCACCACGGUGGCCUCUGUCCCAGUGUCCCCAGCAGGUGACAAAGUCCUGGUGGCCACCAGUGGGGACGUGGCCAUGGAGGGGACAGAUGACCCAGGUGUCACCAAUGACCCCAGGGACACUUUGGGACGCGUCACUGAAGCCUACGGAGAUGCCACCACUGUGGUGGCACUUGUCACCACAUCCCCAGGAGGUGACAAGAUCCUGGAGUCCCACGGAGGGGACGUGGCCAUGGAGGGGACGGCCCAGCCCGGUGCCACCAACUGCUCCUGGGACAAUUUGGGACGCGUCCCUGAGGUCCAUGAAGAUGCCACCACCACGGUGGCCUCUGUCCCAGUGUCCCCAGGAGGUGACAAAGUCCUGGUGGCUACCAGUGGUGACGUGGCCAUGGAGGGGACAGAAGAUCCAGGUGCCACCAAUGACCCCAGGGAUACUUUGGGACGCGUCACUGAAGCCUACGGAGAUGCCACCACCGCGGUGGCCGCUGUCACCACAUCCCCAGGAGGUGACAAGUUGCUGGAGGCCCACGGAGGGGACGUGGCCAUGGAGGGGACAGAUGACCCAGGUGUCACCAGUGACCCCAGGGACACUUUGGGACGCGUCACUGAAGCCUACGGAGAUGCCAUCACCACAGUGGCCUCUGUCCCAGUGUCCCCAGGAGGUGACAAAGUCCUGGUGGCCACCAGUGGGGACAUCAGUAUGGAAGGGACGGCCACACCCGAAGCCAGCGGUGGCCUUGGGGACACUUUGGGACGCGUCACCGAAGCCUACGGAGAUGCCACCACCAUGGUAGCUGCUGUCACCACAUCCCCAGGAGGUGACAAAAUUCUGGUGGCCACUGAGGGUGACAUCAGCAUGGAAGGGACAGAAGAUCCAGGUGCCACCAAUGACCCCAGGGACACUUUGGGACGCGUCACCGAAGCCUACGGAGAUGCCACCAGCACGGUGGCCUCUGGCCCAGUGUCCUCAGGAGGUGACAAGAUCCUGGAGGCCCAUAGAGGGGACGUGGCCAUGGAGGGGACGGCCAUCCCCAAUGUCACAAAUGACCCCAGGGACACUUUGGGAUGCGUCACCGAAGCCUACGGAGAUGCCACCACGAUGGUGGCACCUGUCACCACAUCCCCAGGAAGUGACAAGUUGCUGGAGGCCCACGGUGGGGACGUGGCCAUGGAGGGGACGGCCCAGCCUGGUGCCACCAACUGCUCCUGGGACACUUUGGGACGCGUCCCUGACGUCCCCGGAGAUGCCACCACCACGGUGGCCUCUGUCCCAGUGUCCCCAGCAGGUGACAAAGUCCUGGUGGCCACCAGUGGGGACGUGGCCAUGGAAGGGCCAACCACACCCGAAGCCACCGGUGACCACGGGGAUACUUUGGGACGCGUCACUGAAGCCUAUGGAGAUGCCACCACCAUGGUGGCCGCUGUCACCACAUCCCCAGGAAGUGACAAGUUGCUAGUGGCCACCAGUGGGGACGUGGCCAUGGAAGGGACAGAUGACCCAGGUGCCACCAGUGACUCCAGGGACACUUCGGGAGGCGUCACUGAAGCCUAUGGAGAUGCCACCAGCAUGGUGGCCUCUGUCCCAGUGUCCUCAGCAGGUGACAAAGUCCUGGUGGCCACCAGUGGGGACAUCAGUAUGGAAGGGACGGCCACACCCGAAGCCAGCGGUGGCCUUGGGGACACUUUGGGACGCGUCACCGAAGCCUAUGGAGAUGCCACCAGCACGGUGGCCUCUGUCCCAGUGUCCCCAGGAGGUGACAAAGUGCUGGUGGCCACUGAGGGGGACAUUGCCAUGGAAGGGACAGAAGAUCCAGGUGCCACCGGCGACCCCAGGGACACUUUGGGACGCGUCACCGAAGCCUACGGAGAUGCCACCACCGCGGUGGCCGCUGCCACCACGUCCCCAGGAGGUGACAAAGUCCUGGUGGCCACCAGCGGUGACGUCACCAUGGAAGGGACGGCCCCACCCAAAGCCACCAACAGCUCCGGGGACCCCCCGGGUGCCCCCCGCCCCUCUGACGUCACCGCGGCCGCCCCUCCCCCGCCCUGCCGCCCCCCCUCCGCCGCCUUCCCCGUCACCGCCGCCCCUCCCCCACGCGGCCCCCCCGGCCUCUCAGGCUCCGCCCCUUCCUCCUCGCCCCUCCCCUCCUCCUGGCGCUGCUGCUGCCCCUCCCCCUCCUCCUGCCCUGAGCGCCCCUCCCCCCCCCCCCCUAUUUAUUGCCCCUCCCCCCCCCCCCCCCCCUUGGAAUAA